UUUUUCUAUUUAGCUCCACGGAUGUAAAAUGGCUUCCCUCCUCUUGAGACGAGCUGGUUCUGUUUUGCGGAAUAAUUCGUCAAUAAGAAAUCUUUGUGGAAGUCGAGUGUUACAAGCAAGUGAUGACGAUGUUUAUGCUGUUGAAGUAAUAGACAAAAAAAGUGGCAGUGCUCUUAUAGAAGUGGAAGAAAAUGUUGAAACUGGUGUGAUAUCUGGUGCACCUGUAGAACAUGUGAAAGGUAGACAUGCAAGGAUAUUUGUCCCAGCUAUGAAUGCUAUGCAGUCUGGCAGUGCUGCCACAAGGCUAUGGAGGCUAGAAUAUGACACAAGGGAACGCUGGGAAAACCCUCUGAUGGGAUGGUCAUCUUCGGGUGACCCGUUAUCAAAUAUAGUUCUUGAAUUCAGCUCUCAGGAGGAUGCAGUAAGACAUGCAGAAAGAAUGGGUUACAAGUACCAUGUAGAAGCCCCAACACAAAAAGUAUUACGAAAGAAGUCAUACGGUGCAAAUUUUGCCUGGAAUAAAAAAACAAGGGUAUCUACAAAAUAACACAAAGGAUGCGCCUGUAUUAUAAGGAUAAAACAGAAAUUCUGUUGCUUAACUGAGCUAAAACAGCAGAAUGUAAAAAUACUGUUGCUUGAACAUAGGAAUAUACAGAAUACUGUUAAAGCAGUGAUUGUCAUUGCAGUUUGAACCUAUAUGCGGCUAUUGGCUAUUUACAACAGUUUUGUUGUGGUUUUGAACACACUUGUAUAUUAUUUACUUUUAGUUGAAAUGUAAUACACUUAUUUUGAAAAAAAAUUUUGCUGUUAUUGUUGCAAACAAUAGAAUUUAAGUUCUUUUUAUCAAGCAAAUAGUAGGUGAGCAAAAUUGGCAAAAUGACAUAAGAAUGCAAGUUUCUUAACUAAGAGAAUAAACAGAAAAGUGGCCAUCUA